AAACGGUAUACCGUUCCGUGUUUUUCGCUAAGAGCUUUUCAUUGCAUGUUUUACAAGUAUUCUUGCUAAUUUUGUGUAUUGUUCUUUUUAUCCCAACUAGCAAACGAAUAUAUGAAUUCGUCAGUCAGUGUACAUUGGUGACCAGACGCAAGACAAUCCUAAACCGGUCCUGCAAUGACGUCUAUGACCUUUGGCCAGAAGAAAUUCAUUCCAACCGCACCGGAAAAGGGAAGCUUUCCGCUGGAUCACGAGGGGCAGUGCAAAAAGUUGAUGCUCUACUACAUGCGCUGUCUGCGUGUCAACAACGACGAUAACUCCGCCUGCCGCCAGGAAUCGCGAGCUUAUUUACAGUGCCGCAUGGAUAACAAUCUGAUGGCCAAGGAAGAUUUUUCAAAGCUAGGUUUCAGUGAUAGUGACAGUGCAAGUGAAAAGGAACGGCAGAAAUAG